AGUUAGGUAUUUCCCUUUAUUUCAAGACUUCAGAACUUGCGUCCAUGGCUUUUUCCGCGAAGAUCCUUUUCUUCCUUUUCACGUCUGCUUUAGUAGCGGUUUACUCUGCACCAGUCGGUGAAGAGACUACGUUGGCAAAACGUGGCGCCGUACUCACUGCACAAUUCGCUACUGAGACUGAGGCUAAUGGUGCAUACAUUCUUGAAAAUAACCUCUGGGGCAUGUCGGCCGCCACUAGUAGAUCGCAAAGCUCUCGAGUGACCGCGGUGAAUGAUCAUACCAUAACUUGGCACACGACAUACACUUGGACAGGCGGCCCUUCCCAAGUGAAGAGCUUUGCGAACCUCGACAUGCGACAGAACCUUGGCAAGCAGCUCUCUGCGGUCGAGUCCGUUCCGACCGUAUGGAAUUGGGUGUAUAGCAGUGCCUCUUCGGAUCUUGUUGCAGACGUUUCGUACGACUUAUGGCUUUCGAACCAGGCUGACUCGAGUGGUGCUUCUUCCACCUCUACCUUUGAGAUCAUGAUCUGGUUAAGUACCAGAGGGGGUGCCGGACCCGCCGGAUCUCAGAUCGGAACGGCUUCCGAGAUUACCAAUUUCAACCAGGACCUGAAGCCGUUCUUUACAUUCUUGACAUCGACUCAAGGCGUACCGUCCUCUCAAUUUUUGGUACAAGCUCAAGCCGGGACAGAACCUUUCGUCGGGAGUGCAACGCUCACGACUAACUCAUACUCCCUCGCUAUCAAUUAAGACCAUGCAUCUAGGAUAUGGAUCGUGUGUAGAGUAUGGUAUCGACCUAUAUCCG